AUGCCGCGCGACUCCGACAGUACGUCGUCGGCGGGCGGCCAAUCAAAACGGCCGCCCCUAUACCGGCAUCAGAGCGACAGUGUGAGCGAGCAUAACCUGCGUCAUAAACAGGUCCAAAAGCAGCAUCACGUCGGCCGUGUACACAGUCGGGUCCCAUCGUCCAAGGCCUUGGUGCAGAGAUCGAACCACUCCCAACUUUAUACCAACACCACCCUCAAUAGUGGCCGUCGGCCAGGCGUCACCUCACCCACCGAGCAGGCGCCCUCGUCAUCCCACCGCCGCUCCAUCAGCGAGGUCAAGCUGCAGCGUGAGGGCGGCUCGCCCACAUCCUUCUUGAGCAAGAACGCGGCCUCGCAGUCCAACCUCAAACGCAACCGUUCGUACGGCGAUGUCCAGCGACGCCCCAAGUCAUCGUCUGACAAGUUGAAGCGCAACUCGAGCGGACUCAGCACCGCGCGCACCCGCGGAACGACCAAGUCGCAGGUCCAUUUUGAUCUCGGCAGUGACGACCUGGACGGGCCCGACGACGAAGGCGACUGGGUCGAUGCCAGCGCCUCCAACUCGCCUCACCUGUCUCGCAAAGGCUCCGUAAAUGGUAGCGGCCAGUCGUCCCUCAUCCGACCACCACUAGGCGCUCCUGGCUCUCGACCCGACACGCCGGUCGAUCAGAAGCAGGAACAGCAGCCACAGCAGCAGCCACAACAGCAGCAGCAGCAGCAGCAGCAACAGCAACAACAGCAGCAAGUCUCUACUCCGGACCUCGAGCGCACCAACCACCAGCAGUAUCUCACAUCGCGCCUGCUGCAGCGUACACCCUCACAGGGCGCCCCGCCCAAGAUGGCCUCCGAGCUGGCCCAAGCCGGGAAUAGCAAACCGCCCAUGAUCCAUUCCCCGGACCCGCAGCCGUCACCAUCCACAACCCUGGCCGACGGCAGUAGCGAGGGGGUAACAUCCCGCUUCGUCGACAAUCCUGUGGUAUCUGGCGUGACGAGUAACGGAUCCUUCUACCACGCGCCCACGUCGUCUGGUGACACGGCCGCGCCCCCACUCGUAGAUGAACUCACCCGGCGGGCCAAGUCGACGGCCAACCUGUCUCACUCGCACAGUGAGGUGACAGAGAAGCUCCAGCAGCAGCGUCCGCUUUUCAGCGACGACAGUGAUAUCAGCGCUCUCGUCCCCAAGCCUGCACGGCGUCGCGCCGCACCCCCAGCCGAGACAUCCCGCAUCCAGCAGAAGCUCAACCUUCAACGCGCCAGCUCAGCCAUGGAGCCCGGUACCAGCGGCCCCGUUAGCAGCGGCAUGCCCAUACCGCUCAUCGGCGCAGCUGGCCCGGGGUACGACGGCGGGGGUGCCGGCCGCGACCCUCGCGUCGGCAAGCUCCUCGAGUCAACGGGGAUGGAAUACCUCGUCGUACGUCGCCACCAGAACCCGGUUGCCCGGUCUCUCAGCAGGCUGCGCCGCCUCCCCGAUGCCGACAAGGCGCUCUUCGUGGCUCCCCACCGCGCCGCUUCCUCCACAUCCGCCAGGCGACCCACCUUUGAUCUGCGGCACACCCGCACACCCAGCGAGGUUACCGCCACGAGUCGACCCACUACACCGAAGAUGCGUAGUGGCAAUUCAUCCACCACGGCUAUCGAGGGUAUGCCUGAAAAAGAGGGCAGGCUUAGUGACCGUCUCAGCGGGUCAAGCCUGGUGGGAAGCUGGGAUGAUGACGGAACAGCCGCCCUGCUGCGGAAUCUGUGGGAGAAGUCGAUGGACCUGAGUGGUAGUGGGGAAUAG